GCUAAAAGCGGGUUAAAGAAAAUGGAGAAAAUCACGAAUCAAGAGUUGAUCUUUGUUGAGCUGAGGCAGCGCCUGCAAAGUGGCUUACUGAUUAUACGAAGUGACAUUGUUAAAGAUGGAGUGGAGGUGAAUGUGGCUGGAGAAGAGAGGUCCUUUAAAAUCAUUUUACCUGAUGCAGUCUGUGAGGUGAAGCUGCCCCAGAUGAUCAGUCUUGCAGAGUGGUCUUUUCCCAAACUGAAUGAUGACGGGCUGUAUAUCAGGUUGCGUUUGAAGGUGGACCAAUUUUCAGAGGCUUCAGACAGUGUGAUUGAGCAUCUGAGCCCACAAAGGAAGUAUUGUUUCUUGUGCCAGUCCUGUGCGACCAUACUGCUUAAAGACAAGGUUUUUAAACGAGUACUCCCAUUACCUAAUGGAAACUGGAAUACUUUGGUGGAUGACUGGUGCUGCCACCCUGAUCCGUUUGCCAACAAGAAGCUUCUCCCUAGACAAGAGGAUUGUUUACUUGGUGACACAUAUUACCUUUUGAACCGGGACAGCAGCUGUGAGGAAACUCUUAUCAAUGAAAUGAACUCCAGCUUUGAUGUGCAUUCUGGGAAGGUACCUGUCCACAGGAAUGUGGAGGUCUUGUGUAAGAAGUGUAAUGCAGUGCUGGGAGAAGCAGUCACGGCAGAUGUUUUAAAAUUCUAUAUGACUGAAGUGGUGGUAAGGAAACAGGAGGAUGAAACGAGGACUAUUAUACAGCAUAGAAAGCAGUUUUUAGAGAGAGCUAUUGCUUCCAAACUCAUUGAGUUGUCAUCUGCUCAAUGCAUAUUUCGUUUCUCCAUCCAGACACCAGAUGGAAAAGCUGCAAUCAUGCUCUGGCUGCUGAACACAGAUACCCUGAUUGCAUCGUUGUCUCAGAAAGCCAUCAGCAGUGACGGCCUCAACUCCUCCAGUAACUGUCAUCUUGACGAGCAGCAAUCAUGCCAGGCUGUUAAUGCAAUCAAAGUCCUUUACCUUCCCUGCACACCUGGCGAGCACCAAGAGGAUGUUAAUGCCUGGGAGAAGGAUAUCAGCGUUCACCCUCUGAUCCUCCCUCACGGUACAUGUGAGGAGAUACUGCAGCUCCUUAGCUCCUCUAACAAGGCACUGCCCUCCUCUUUGUGCUCAAUGAACUGCUACCAGGUGGCGUAUUUGAGAAGAUGAAGAAAUGAAGUGGCUUGAAUGAUCUGAAUCGAUUUAACAAAAAUAAUGUUGUCCUGUUUAAAUGACAGACUUGAUACAACUUAACUGGAUAUAACUAAGUAAUCUUUUUAAAAAAUAGAGAGAAUUACAGUGUGUAUGAUUUAUACAUCACUUAUUGAAUAUUAAACAAUGUAAAUGUUUUAUACUUUACUUUUAAAAGUCA